CAUCUCUCGAUUCUCCCUGUCAUCUUCGUCAGGCGCCUCUAUUUAUACCUGAUUACCCCCCGCCAUCUUGAUUUAAAGUCCAGUCACGCUUGGCGCGCAUCCACACUCCCACCAACGAGGGUCACCUGGACCCUGAGAAGGUGACGGUGUGACAACCAACGAUCCAUCAAAGUUCUAGGACGAAGCACGGGCGUCGCGAUAUACAAUACUCGGACCAGAUCGUCCCUGUGUCCCAGUCUCUGUUUCACUUGCUGCUGAUCUUUUAUCUUCCCUUAAUCUACGGAGCAGGCGCCUUGCUUAACCCGUCGCUCUUGGAGCUUGCCUAGCACUCCACUCGCUGUUCCUUCAACUUCAUUUCCACCACAGUUCCAUUCCAUCAUGGCGGGACAAGAAGCAGAAGGCUCCGAGCCGCCCUCGCCACGGACUACGCGACGACGGAAUCCUUUGCAGCGGAACGCUUCGACAGGCGAACUAGAUGAGCGAACCCCCUUGCUCACAGCGUCAAGGUCGCGCAUUCGUAUCAGUCAGCAAAGCUCGACUCGUCAGCAAAAAGGAUCCCUAUCGCGGGACCACAGCUACAUGGGUGCCUAUCAUGGCUCUCGAAAUCAUAGCCGACAUCCCUCGUGGAGCUCGAGACUGGUUAACGCCCUGUCCGACCGCCAUGAAUCCUCUAUGGCCGAGUCGAAAGGCACCAUUUUCCCCGAUGAACGUAUGUGGUACGAUCAAUUCACCAGUACCGACUGGGUGCACGACGCAAUCGCCGAUUCCUACAGGGUCAAGGAGCUACGGAGUCGUAAGGACUUUUGGGGCAGGGUUCGCAUUAUCUUUGAUGGCGCCCAGGGCUGGAUUCUUAGUGCUCUUUGUGGCUUUCUCGUUGCAUUGAUGGCAUACACAGUUGAUGUUGCUGAAUCUACUGUCUUUGAUUUCAAGGAAGGCUACUGCAGUAAAGCUUGGUAUCUCAGCAGAAAGAGAUGCUGCGCCGAAGAAGUCUGUGAGGACUGGGUAAGGUGGGCACAUGCUGUAAACAGCCCUUCUGGAGACAUCUGGAGAAGCUUCGCGAUCUAUAUGGCCUUUGUUCUCGCUCUUUCUCUCAUUGCCUGUUGGAUAGCACUAUGGACAAAAACAGUUGUCCCAUCUGCGUAUCAACUGACGACACUAGACGAGAACCUAGCUGUUGAUGAACCCGCCCAGACAUACGAUGACUCGAACCCUAGUGAAUCGUCGACACCUCAACCGCAACCCGAUCCAAAACCAGAAAACCCACCUAUGGUUUACUAUUCUGCAGCUGGCAGCGGAGUUGCCGAGGUUCGUGUUAUACUGAGUGGCUUCGUUCUGCACGGUUUCCUGGGUGCCAGGACCUUGAUUAUCAAGAUGGUAGCACUAAUCCUAAGUGUCGCCUCUGGCAUGAGUCUCGGAAAAGAGGGCCCGUACGUUCACAUGGCUGCCUGCGUUGGCAAUAUCUUGUGUCGAAUAUUUUCCAAGUAUGAUCGAAACGACGGAAAGCGAAGAGAGGUUAUUUCGGCAGCCGCAGCCGCAGGAGUCGCCGUUGCAUUUGGUGCGCCGCUAGGCGGAGUAUUGUUCGGCCUCGAAGAAGUUUCAUACUUUUUCCCUGCCAAAACGCUGUUUCGAACCUUCUUCUGCUGUAUCGUCGCCGCACUGUCUCUCAAAUUCCUCAACCCCUACGGUACACACAAGAUCGUUCUCUUUGAAGUGAGAUAUCUGGCCGACUGGGAGUAUUUCGAGCUUGGAAGCUUCAUAUUUGUGGGCGUCAUCGGCGGUGCACUGGGAGCGCUGUUCAUCAAAGCCUCAAAAUACUGGGCUCAAUCCUUCAGAAGGAUUAAGCUGAUUAAAAAGCACCCUUUGCUGGAGGUACUCCUUGUAGCACUGGUAACAGGAUUGAUGAGCUAUUGGAAUGCUUUGACAAAGCUUCCUGUUGCUGAGCUGCUUCUGAAUCUCGCAUCACCGUGCGAGGGUUCUAGUAUUGACUGGGAAGAACGAGCAUUGUGCCCUGGGGCUAUCGAUGAGAUCCCCCCUAUUCUUUUUGAAUUGUUUGUUGCCCUCUUGAUCAAGGGCUUCCUCACCGUUAUCACUUUUGGCAUUAAAGUUCCGGCUGGAAUCUAUGUACCGUCUAUGGUUGUUGGAGGCCUGAUGGGCCGAAUAGUCGGCCAUAUGGUGCAGUGGGCUGUGCUACGUGUUCCGGAUUGGGCUAUCUGGGGAGACUGUGCAUUCAGCAGAGACGGCUCGUGCAUCCAACCUGGUGUGUAUGGUCUCAUCGCAGCCGGUGCCACCAUGUGUGGUGUGACGAGAUUGUCUGUCACGCUCGCAGUUAUCUUGUUCGAGCUCACGGGUAGCCUUGAUUAUGUCUUGCCCUUCUCUCUCGCGAUCCUCGUGUCUAAAUGGACAGCUGAUGCUAUUGAGCCCAACAGCAUCUAUGAUCUCCUCACCAGCAUGAAUUCAUAUCCAUUCUUGGACAAUAAGCAUAAGCCUAUCUUUACGGAAGACCUAGCUGACAUUGUGCCACGGAUUCGAAAAGAACGAAUUAUUGACAUUACGAACUCACCGGUUGUACCUGCUACCAGCUUGAGGAUUAAACUCGAGCUUCUGCACAAGGCUGGCGAACUCGAUGGAGGAUUGCCAAUUGUGCGACAUGGCAUUUUGGUUGGGCUGAUUCCUGCACCUGAUCUUGGAUAUGCUCUCGAUCAGUUAGAGGACGAAGCAACGAAUCUUUGCCUCAUGGACCACGUUCCUAGCAUUGACGAAGAUGAGGGAGAACACGACCCCACAGAUUUUACACCUUAUAUAGAUCCUGCACCCGUUGCGCUGGAUAUCAGAUCACCAAUGGACUUGGUGUACGAGCUUUUCUCGAAGCUCGGACUCAGAUACAUCUGUGUGCUGAAAGACGGCAAAUAUGCUGGAAUGACUCACAAGAAGACUUUUGUCAGAUAUAUGCGGGAGCAUGAGAAAGACAUUUAGCUUGCAAGCGAAUCAGGAGUUUUGGGCAUUGUGGGCGUUGUUUCUAUGAUACAGGCAUGGCAUUGGCAUUGCAUUUCUGGCAGCGAGUACUUUUGGGCAUCGGAAUCGGACGCAUAACAUGAUUUGUUAACACAGUUGAUAAGGAUGGAAGAGCCAGGUUUCCUCUGAAUUAUAGAUUGGCAUUGUGACAGCAUGGAACUUUAUGGCCACGCGCAGAAUCGAGGCAACUUGAAUUGACUGGAGAGAUAGGCCAAUA